AUGAUGAUGGAAGUGAAGCACUCCAGAAGAAGACAAGCCCAGCUUCCAGUGCCCCAGCUUCCACCAGCCCCUAGUGGUAAGAUCCUGCAUUAGGCUACUAGGUCAUUAAAUGUAUAAUCAGCAAGUUGAUGGUAAGUUUGACACAUAUUCAAGUAUGUGGGUGAAGAAAAGCUUACAGUUAAUGCAAGUACUAGUCUUAAAUUGUAGAGACGGCAUGAAAUCAUAACCUAAUGACAGUUGAUAUGACAAGAAAUUACCACACCCAUCUGAUCUUGACAUGCUUGAUUAUUAGUUACAUUACCAAAGUGUAACAGUUCUUCUUUUUUUUCUAUUAGCAACUUCAAGAGCCAGUGUCUUUGAAAAUACCCUACAAGGUACAUAACGUUUCAAGUCUGAUAAACGAGCCUACUUUCUCAAAGUUCUGUUCCCACCAACUGUAUGGGAUGGACAGGCAAAUCUGUUAAGUGUGUACUGUGAAUGUGGUAAUGGUUUGACAUCUGUGAUAUUCUCUGAAGUUGCAGAUGCAGAGAACUUGAGGCCAUGUGCCACCUCAAGCCAGAGCGACAGUAAGUGUCUGGUUGUAGUUUGUUAGGGUAAACAAUUUAAUUGUAUGAAGUAUUAUAGCUUUACAAACCUUUCAAAGCCACUCAAUAGAAUGCAAUUACCAUCACAUUGUUGUAUAUUAGGUUAUUUAAAGUAAUAUUACUACUUUGUGCAUACUGUUAGAACUUUCCAAAUACUUGUGGUGCUGUGUAUGGGUGAAGCUUGUACUGACACCAGUAGUUGUAAAUAUCUGUAUGUAUUUGCCAUCAAACUAAAAGCAUUAUUUAAAACAAAAAAUGAUGCUUAGCAUUUAUUUUUGUUGGGAUUCAUUAACCUUCCCACUGAGCUCCUGACUGACAUCCCUUCACUUUUGGUUCUGUGCCAGUUUCAAAAGCAUGCAAAGUAUGUCUUAAUUUUUUUCCUUCUGUUUUCUCAGUUAGUCCAAGUGGCAGCCAGGAAGAAGCUGGCCAAGACAGAGCAUCAGAAUCAGGUUUCUUUAGCCUUCAAGAUAUUGAUCUCGAAAUCGUAAAUGUAGAAAGUUUAAAUAACAACAUGAUUUGUUACUUAGAUUUUAGACCAAGAGCUGCCAUCCCUGCUUGAUGAGCCUGUGGCUUCUGAGAUGCCCGCUGGAUACAUUAAAGGUAUAUUAUGCUAGCCUAUAUGUUACAAAAUGUUGCUUCUCUUGUAUUAUCAACAUCAAUUCAAAAUUGUAUGGCUGUCAGCAGCUAUAUGGUUAUCAAUACUACUAAUAUAUAUGAAGGGUGGAUAUUUUGAUCGAGGUAUUUCACAUGGCCUUGAUUCAUGUCCUGCCUGGUACUCAUGGCUUGUAUCAUCACGCUGCUUGCAGCAAAACUGUUGUCUUUAUUAUUUUGUAGAUCUUCAAGCAGUGGAGAUGAAGAUAAUGGUGAAACUGGAGAUGAUCAUCAUCAUCACCAUCAUCAUCACCAUCAUCAUCACCAUCAUCAUCAUCAUGGUGGAACUGGAGAUGAUGCGUACAGAAUUCAAGACUGCUCUGAACCAAGUUAUAGAGGUCAUAGAGGCCCGGCAGCCAAAGGAGUUGGAAUCCUUGGGGAAACUUGAAAUGCUGCAAAACCCUGCAGAAACAAAUGAGGAACUGAAGGAUAUCUGUGAAACACUUAAAGACUCCCACUAUUGA